CGAGUCAAGGCUGAGUGCGACCGGGUGGCUGACAGUGCCGUGAGUACCGUGGUCAGCGAUGGAGCUUCUCGUGUUGGCGGUGUUGGUGACGGUGACGGCGACGAGGGGUGUCCCCCUGGCCGGUCCGGCAGAUCCAGGAGUCACGGUGGCGGGAUGGCCGGAGGACGAAGGCAACUCCACGGAAGAGGCCGGUUUCAUCGAUCUCUCCCUGGUGGAAGACGCUUGGCCCGAAGACGCCUCCAACGCGUCCCGAGAGGAGGGCCCCCAGAAGCCCUGGUCCGGGUGGAUCUACAAGGCGAUGGCUGAGGGGAUGAUCCGACUGAAUAUCACCUCCCGGGAGGCAAAAUGUUCCAAUGAUGGCCGAAUGUACCGCCAACACCUCAACAACCUGACACUGUGGGCCGCUAGGAUGUUUGACGCGUCGGCGUUGUCGCCCAAUGGGUUCAUCUCCGGCGACAUUUACCAGUUCGGACACUUCGAUGAGUGCAUUGCGAUCGACAACCCUGUGGACAAGAUCACGGGCAAGUACUGUCUGGCCACGAUCAGGUACGGGCCCGAUCCUCAAGUCCGCCCCCAGCACUAUAGCCCCCCCGCCCCCCUCUACAAGCCGCUCCCGCCUCACGCCUCUGUCUGGGACAGGCUCAAGGUAACCAAUGACCCUAGAGUGAUCCGCAGAGAUCUGUUGCGCUGGGCCGUCUGUGUUCCCAGCUCCUGUUCUGCAGCAGACAUCCAGGACUCUCUGGCCGCCAGUCUAGCAGGACCUCUACAGGACGAGAGUAUUCGCGCUGAUGUCCACCAUUCACUCCGACGACUGCUACUCUAUUCUAUGAUGUUCUUUAAAAGGAGAAGCCGAUUCCCUGUUGUCCCUCCUGCCCGCCCUCGUAUACACUGGGGUAUCUUGUAUGGUAUGGCGCUCCUGUGUUUGGCUGGCACUGUGCUGGACUAUGCUACCAAUGAUCAGACGGAGGUCAACAAAUCUUUGCGAAAGUUCAUAAAGGUGUUUUCGUCGUACGCUAACAUUAAGAAGUUGGUGAAAUCCAACCCAGAAGCGGAUUUCAAGCUACUGCACUGUUUCAAGUUCCUCAGCAUGAUGUGCGUCAUCCUCGGCCACAAAGAGAUGUACCGAUUCGGCAAACCUGUCCAAAACAUAUCAUUCGUUGAAGAGUUCUCGAAGCAAAUACCAUCGAUGCUCUUCCUCAAUGGUGGAGGGUACAUUGUGGAUACGUUCUUCCUCUUCAGUGGUUUCCUCACCUGCCAUUUCUUGGUCAAAGAACUUGAAAAGAAGAAUAGCGUCAACCUAUUCACGCUCAUCAUCGGGAAACUGUUGAGGAUUCUACCACUGUACGGGUUCGUGAUAGCAUUUCAUGGAGAAGUGUUGCCUUACCUGGAACUGGUGGGCGAAUGUACUCUCUUUAACAUUGACUGUGUCACUUCCUGUAGGAUUCUACCACUGUACGGGUUCGUGAUAGCAUUUCAUGGAGAAGUGUUGCCGUACCUGGGUCACGGACCGCUGUGGAACUCUUUGGUCUGGCGAGAAGCACUGAGAUGUCAGAAGAACUGGUGGGCGAAUGUACUCUUCCUAAACAACUACAUCAAUACGGAGGAAACGUGUAUGAUCCAAACGUGGUACCUGGCAUGUGACAUGCAUUACUUCAUCAUCGGCAUUCUGCUAAUAUACAUCAAGUUCCGCCAUCCCAAGCUGGGCAACACUCUGAUAGCUGCAGCAUUCGUCGCUGCCGCAGCGAUUCCCGCCUACAUCACUUAUGUGAAUCAGUACAAGGGAGUUGUGCAACUCUACCAUGAGCUCCAAAAGGACCCGGCACACGAUGAACACUUCCGCACUAUGUACGUGCCCAGCCAUGUGAGAUUCAUGCCCUACAUGGUGGGGCUUAUCUUGAGCUACGUUUGCCAAUAUCUCGAGAAGACAGGCUACAAAUUUCCAGGACUGUCACUGUUUGUGAUUAUCCCACUGGGAAUAGCUGUCAACCUGUCAACAACAUUUGUAGCGUACGUGUUCUACAUCGAGGAGCGCCCCUACAGUCUCCUGGAGAGUGUUCUAUACGCUGGUGUCCACCGCAUACUCUGGGCUGGUACCCUGGGAAUCUACAUUAUCGUCGAUUCUACCACAGGCAUCGGAAAGUGGGGAUCCUUGUUCAGACACCCUGCUUGGGCACCGCUGGGAAGGCUAACCUACUGUGCCUUUCUGAUCCACACCAUCCCCAUGCUGUACACCACAGGCCAGAUGCGGGCCGCACCAUACCACAGUCGCAUGAUGGCAGCGAUGUCAUUACUGGGUGAGGUUGCCCUGUCAUUCUUUUUUGCUCUACUUCUCAACUUGGUAUUCGAAUCGCCUUUUCAGAGAAUGCAAAAAAUGCUCUUCAAAAAGCAAUCAGGAGGUUCAGGAAAAUCAGGUUUGACUCAGCGGAACAUCGCUCAGACAGUGGAUAGCCAACUUAACCUGACUUGUGGAAUCUCCAAGAUCUCCUACAGGGAAGAGAACGGUUCAAACAUUGCUUUCACCGAUGAGAACGGAACAAGGAUAUCGUACAGGGAUGAGAACGGCAGGUUUAAGAGUUAGGGUGCUACUUUUUUGUUAAUUACUCUCGGUCUAGACAGACCAGUGUUGACCAGAAUUACGGCAAAAGCACCGAUCUAGCUAUAUAUAUAUAUAGCGUUAUUUAAGGGUGCAUUUUCAUUUUGUAUCUCUCUAAAAUCACCAGUAGCAGUAUUUAGAAGCUACCUUCAUGUAGCUACAAGUAAUAAUAAUAAUAACAAUAAUAAUAAUGUGCACUUAGCCGUAUAUGUUUUAUCCUUGAAUUCAUUCUAAAAACCAAAAAUAACAAAUCAAAUCAAACAUGUAUUACAUAUUUAUGUUUAGUAAUUAAUGGCUUUUAUUAUAAAUAUUAUAUUAUGUGCAAUUAAAGAUGUCACCAUGUUACCUUGUUUGUGUACCAUCUACUUGUAUUAUUAGUAUUGUAUUGUGAUAAUUGAUGUUAAUUGACUUAUUUAAGAUUUACGAUAACAUAGUAAUUUUUUAAAUUCCUGAAUGUCAAGAACAAAAUUUUAAUUAUAUAAUAUAAAAAACUGCUCAAUUUUUAAAAUUUUUGUUGAUUUAUGUAUAUAAUGCAAUUUAAGACUAAAGAAUAGAUGUUAUGAACUUGUACCAAACUAACUGUGCAAACCUAUUGUUUACACAUAAAAUGUAGUUAUUAGUGAACGUUUUGAAAUACAUAAUGGGAAAACUUA